AUGGGUAUAAUAAGCACCAUUAUGGGGGCUUUUGGUUUUGGGAUUGGAAUCGUAGUUGGAAUUGUGAUUGGUUUUUUUCUCUUCAUCAAAACCCAAUCAUCUGAUGUCCAGACUCCUGAAAUUAAGCCUUUGGUUGAGCAAGAUGAGGCAUCCCUGCAAAGAAUGUUCCCAGAAAUACCCGUCUGGGUGAAAAAUCCUGACCAUGAUCGUGUUGAUUGGCUUAACAAGUUUAUUGAACUAAUGUGGCCGUACUUGGAUAAGGCAAUUUGCAAAACCAUCCAGACAACAACCGAACCUAUAAUCAAAGAACAGACUCCUCAGUACAAAAUUGAAGAAGUUGAAUUCGAUUCACUUACAUUGGGCAGUCUACCGCCCACCUUUCAAGGAAUGAAGGUUUAUACUACUGACGAAAAGGAGUUGAUUAUGGAACCAUCGUUCAAAUGGGCCGCAAAUCCUAACAUUCUUGUCGGUAUAAAGGCGUUUGGGCUGAGACCCACGAUUCAGGUGGUUGAUUUGCAAGUAUUUGCUUCUCCGAGGAUCACUCUAAAGCCAUUGGUUCCAACCUUCCCUUGUUUUUGUAAAAUUCUAGUUUCUCUUAUGGAGAAGCCUCAUGUUGAUUUUGGAGUAAAACUAGUCGGUGCAGAUCUCAUGUCGAUCCCUGGAUUAUACGGAUUUGUCCAGGAGCUAAUCAAAGAUCAGGUUGCAAACAUGUAUUUAUGGCCAAAAACACUUGAGGUGGCAAUAUUGGAUCCUGCAAAAGCAAUGAAGCGACCUGUUGGAAUGCUGAAUGUGAAGGUUGUAAGGGCAAUGAAGCUUAAAAAGAAAGAUCUUCUGGGUGCUUCUGAUCCUUACGCGAAACUGAAACUAACGGAAGACAAGCUUCCAUCCAAGAAAACGACUGUGAAACACAAGAACUUGAAUCCCGAAUGGAAUGAAGAGUUCAAUCUAGUUGUGAAAGAUCCUGAAGUUCAAGCUCUAGAAAUCAUGGUUUUCGACUGGGAAUCGGUUGGGAAGCAUGAUAAAAUGGGGAUGAAUAUGGUGCCACUCAAAGAUCUUACUCCUGAACAGCCAAAGACUCUAACUCUUGAUCUCUUGAAGAAUAUGGACCCAAACGACAUGCAUAACGACAAAUCACGAGGCCAGAUCGUGGUCGAACUCAUGUACAAACCUUUCGGAGAAGACCAAAUGCCUACCGCUAUUGAAGAAGUAAGUGCAAUGCAAAAGGCUCCCGUAGGAACUCCUGAUGGCGGAGGCUUGCUUGUCGUUAUAAUCCAUGAAGGUGAAGAUCUUGAAGGAAAACAUCACACUAAUCCAUCCGUUCGUUUGCUUUUCAAAGGCGAAGAAAGAAGAACCAGGCCUAUGAAGAAGAACCGAGAUCCGAGAUGGGAAGAGGAGUUUACAUUUACGUUAGAAGAGCCGCCAACGAACGAGAAAUUGCAUUUGGAAGUCGUUAGUACGACAAAAAGGAUGGGACUAAUACAUCCAAAGGAAUCUUUGGGUUAUGUCGAUAUAAGCCUAGCCGAUGUCGUGAACAACAAACGGAUCAACGAGAAAUACCACCUUAUCGACUCAAAGAAUGGCCGGAUUCAGGUGGAGAUGCAAUGGAGAACCUCCGGCUAG